GACUUCCGGUUUGAGAAACGUCUUCUUUAUAUUCAGCAAGUGCAGGUCUGCAAUAACAAGAUGGCAGACGGUGAAGUCAGCGCCCGCUUCCUGCUGGGAGUCGUCGCCAUGGCGACGCUGCUCCCCGCCUGUCGGCCCCGGGACCUCCAGCGCCUCCUGCUGGUCUCGUUCGACGGCUUCCGCUGGGACUACGUCCGGCGCGUUCCCGCGCCCAACUUCCGGGCGCUGCUGGAGGAGGGGGUCGGCGUGGAGCAGAUCGAGAGCGCCUACGUCACCGAGACCUUCCCCGACCACUACACCCUGGUGACGGGGCUCUUCGCCGAGAGCCACGGCGUGGUGGCCAACGAGAUGUACGACCCCGACCUCAACGCCACCUUCGCCCCGGGCCGGCCGGGCUCCCGCGACCCGCGCUGGUGGGACGGGGCGGAGCCCCUGUGGGUGACCAAUCAGAGGGCGGGGCACGGAAGCGGCGCGGUCAUGUGGCCCGGGUCCGACGUGCCGAUUCGCGGGACGUACCCCACCCGCUACCUGCCCUACAACGGCUCCGUGGAGUUCGAGGAGCGCGUGCGCGGCCUGCUGGGCUGGUUCUCGCGGGGGGGGGAGGAGGAGGAGCAGCCGCCAAUCAGGCUGGGGCUCCUGUACUGGGAGGAGCCUGACCUCAGCGGCCACGCCUUCGGGCCCGACAGCCCCCUGAUGGACGACGUCAUCGCCGACGUGGACGCCAAGCUGGGCUUCCUGCGGGAGGAGCUGCGCAAGGCGGGGCUGUACGAGCGCGUGAACCUGGUCGUCACGAGCGACCACGGGAUGGCGCAGAUGUCGCCCGAGCGGGUGGUGGAGCUGGACGAGUACCUGAGCAGGGACCAGUACACCUGGGUCGGCAAGAGCCCCGUGGUGGGCAUCCUGCCCAGGGAAGGGAGGCUGGAGGAGGUGUACCACGCCCUGGCCGGCGCCCACCCCAGCCUGCGCGUGUACAGAAAGGAGGAGAUCCCCGAGCGGUUCCACUACCGGCACAGCGGCCGCAUCAUGCCCCUCGUCCUCGCCGCGGAGGAAGGCUGGACCGUCGUGCAGAACCGGAGCGACGGCCUCAUGCAUGGUAACCAUGGAUACGACAACGCCCUACCCAGCAUGCACCCCGUGUUUGUGGCCCGCGGCCCCGCCUUUCGGCAGGGGUACAACAAGACGUGGGCGCGCUCCGUGGACUUGUACCCGCUCAUGUGCCACAUCUUGGAUCUGCCCCCCGCCCCGAACAACGGCUCAUUGGCCAACGUGCGGGACCUGCUGCGCGAAGCCACGCCCCCUCCCACACCGGCCCCGCCCCCGCGCGUCACUGACCCCACCUACGCCCGUGUGGUGGGCUCCCUAUUGGGCGUGGCCUUGGUGGGCGGGUUCCUCCUGGUGUUCCUGAGGCAGGUGACCCUCCGCCAGCUUCCGGCCACGCCCAUUGGCAACAUGGAGAUCUCCAGGCCCCUCCUACAGGACCAUCUGGAGAUAUAACCCUCAGGGUCACUGUGUGUCUGUGUGUGAGGGAGCGUGUGUGUGUGUCUGUGUCUGUGUGUGUGUGUGUGUGUGUGUGUGUGUGUGAGAGGGAGAGAGAGUGUGUGUGUGUGUCUGUGUGUGAGGGAGCGUGUGUGUGUGUGUCUGUGUGUGAGGGAGAGUGUGUGUGUGUGUGUGUGUGUGUGUGUGUGUGUGUGUGUGUGUGUGUCUGUGUGUGAGGGAGAGAGAGUGUGUGUGUGUGUCUGUGUGUGAGGGAGCGUGUGUGUGUGUGUGUCUGUGUGUGAGGGAGAGUGUGUGUGUGUGUGUGUGUGUGUGUGUGUGUGUGUGUGUGUGUGUGUGUGUGUGUGUGUGUGUGUGUGUGUGUGAGAGAGAGCAUGCAUGCGCCUGUGUGUGGGACUGUUGGUGAACAUGAUCGUUUUAGGUUUAGGUUCAGUGUCAUAACCAUUAGCAGUGUAGCCGCACUAUGAGUGGACGUGUUUCUCUGCCUUAUUGUCAAAGGCUACUCAUAUCUAAGCCAGUUUUCAGAAUGGAAGGGAAUUCUGUUCCUCGGGUUCAGUAUAAGGGAGAUAUGUAACUGGAAUCAGAUGCAUAGAUGUGUGUCUUAAGGUGGUUUUUAAGGUUUCUUUGUUUGUUGCUUGAGUGGCUUUUUGAUAGGCUGUGGUAAAGGGAGUGUUGUAUGUGAAAGUUAUCGGUGAAUUAUUCAGAAGACCUGCUACCAUAAAAAUGGAGAAAACUUUGCACACUUUGAAUUACCCAAUGUGAACUUUCCUCACUGUGAUAUAAGGUAUAACCAGGAAGAGUACAGUAGAGUGGAGUAGAGUAGAAUAUAGUACUUUAUAGUUGAGUAAAGAUUGGAGUGGUGAAGCCCUGCUUGCGUGAGAGAUCAGUAAAAAAUCAAGUACCCUUUUUGCCUUUUCUGAUUGGUUUCUGCCAGUCUGUCUCCGUGUCGCAGAAGUACAGUAUUUAUUUGGUGACUUUGUUGCUUUACCUGGCAUUAAUUACAUUAAAUGACACAUUGUGAGGAAUACUUGUAACUACUAAAUAAUUUCGAUACAUAAUUAAGAUCUGGUUCUUUCUUUUAUGUGUUGGGAGGAAAUCAGAAAAUAGUGUUUUUACUUAACGUAGACAUGGCUUCCUUUUUGAAGAAGAGAGAGUCAUUGCUGGUGAUUGCUGUGUAGAUUCACAUGCAGUAUGAAGACACUGCUCAACUUGCAGAUUGAAGUUUCGGUGGAAACUGAGCCAUCAUGGCGGCAUGAGCAGAGCCACAAUGGCUUCCGUGGCGGUGCACAGGAAAAUCUCCUUAGUGAUGGGUCUUCUAUGUAAUGUUUUUUUUUUUUCAUGUUUGAACUUUAAAAAUGCUUUAUCUGUGGUAAUGGCAUUAGUAUUACGUGUGUCCUGAAUUUUGUUUUCUUUUGUAAAAUAAGUGUUUUCAGAGUUUCUGUUUUGCACUAAAUGUUAGAAUGGGAAUGAGCUUGCCGGGCUGUGCGCAAAGUGUCUCGGACCGUCUCGGGAACGAGCGACGCCUCGCUUGUGAACUCGGAAACUCGGUCGCUCUGACUCGGGAGCCCGGAGCUACGAGCACGGAGCUUUCUGGUUGUUCCCUCAUAGCAACCGUUGCUAACGUGAGCACCACUCACUCGACUGCUGCUUUUGACAUAUGUCCGGAUAUUAUAUUACAUAUUAUCCUGGAGAUCUACCUUCCUGUAGGUUUCCACUCCAACCCUAACAAAGCACACCUCGCAUCUUCAACAGAAUGAGAUCUCGUUGAGCAAAUGAGUAGAAUCAGGUGUCCUGAAUUUGGGUUGGAAGGAAGAUCUUGAGGGACAGGUUUGGGCAGAUGAGAUUAAAUAUAGUAUUUCUCUCAAUGCGUUUCCUGAAGUGGUCUGAGAACUUUGCUCACAGCGGUCAAAUCUCCCAUGCAAAGGGACGUUAGCACUGUGAUGUAGUUUUACCAGCUACAGCUACCAGGAAUUUUAAAUAAUAUAUUUUUAUGCAUUAUGUGUGACAGUGGCUGCCUUACUGUUAAUAAUUCAUCAUUUGUUGCUGUUGUCCUGUUCCUCUUUAUGUCCAUUCAAUUCUCAUUGGAAUGCAUGCACUGUACAGGGAAUGUUCCAGAAUGAUCCUGUUGAAAAGUUCCGGAAGCCCUGACAUCGAAAAAAUGUCAAGUUUCCCCCAAAUUCACUCUGGGGGGGGAAAAAAAAUAAAAUUAAAAUAAAUGAAAAGUUUUUCUUUC